AUGCGGUGGUCUUUACUAUUCACCUUAAUAGUGUCCCUAUUCUUACUAGGGACAUUAGCAGCGCCGGCUUCGGGCCCCGGAGGACGCAAUGUUGAAGUCGCCAACCUUGAGGCUAGACAGGAAAAGGAAAUGGAUCCUACAACGACAGAGAAUGCUGCCAGCAAGGCUACGACGGCAACUCAAACAGAUGCUUCAAAAACAGUAACCGGUGCGUCAACGGCUGCCGAAACUACAACGACCGGUGCUACUACCUCAACUACUGGCUCGACCGCUGCUACAACGCAUACAACAACUAAUGCCACGACAACUACAUCUGCCGAUUCUGCUACCUCAACUGUGCCCUCGCUCGAUGGAACAACUGCAUCUUCUCAGCAGCAAGCAGCAGACUCCACUAGACCAACCUACUCCGGUGGUCUGCCUAUCAAACCGAGAAUCACACCGGCAUGGGGUGUUGGGGGAUUUAUACUAAUAGCUCUCGGGGCUGUUCUGACUUUCAUUGGUGUCCGCAAACAAUGGGUCCAAAUCUUCCUUUCAACCGGGUUCCUUAGCGCAUUGGGAGUUACCGUCCUCAUUAUCUAUGUGAUGAGCCCACCGGUCAGCAAUGCCGUGCAGGGCGGCUAUCUCGUCGCCGUCUUCUUCACCGGUGCUGUGUUCGGUGGCUUGUCGCUCGUGUUCAGGGAAAUCUGCGAGGGACUCGGCUGUCUUCUGGGCGGUUUCUGUCUGAGCAUGUGGUUCCUUGCCUUGAAAUCCGGCGGUCUUCUCACGGAAGGUGGCCCCAAGGCCGGCAUGAUCAUUGCCUUUACUGCGGGAUUCUACUCUCUGUCAUUCAGCCACUAUACACGGUCAUACGGGCUGAUUGGAUGCACGUCGUUCGCUGGUGCAACUGCCUUGGUCCUUGGAAUCGACUGCUACAGCAGAGCUGGGCUGAAAGAAUUCUGGUUAUAUAUCUGGGGAUUGAACCAAAACGUCUUCCCUCUCAGAACGGACACCUACCCCGUGACACGUGGUAUUCGUGUUGAGCUCGCCGCGACUAUCAUCAUUGCUGUUCUGGGUGUCAUCUCCCAGGUCAGACUUUGGAAUCUCAUCAAGGAGCGCAGAGCCAAGGAAGAAGAUUCCCGCCGGGAACACACCCGAAAGAUCGAAGAAGAAGAUGCCGAAGCCGGUCGCCGCCUCGAGGAAAAGAAUAUCCAAGAGCGCGCUGAAUGGGAACUCAUUUACGGAAAUGGAAAGGCUGCGGAUGACAAAACGGCCUCGGUUUCAGAGACUGCUGUGGGUGACUCGCGACGCGGCUCUGAUGGAUUCGAGUCCUCCGACAACGACAAGGAGGGUGAGAUUGAGCUCAAGGAAAUGCCGAGCCCGGAUGCUUCUGGUAGUGCCGCUGACGGCGAGAAGAACCGCCAGGGUGAAAAAGAUGCUCGCGAACUUGAGGCGGUGCCAGAGGAGGAUUCAUCCCAGCAGGGUCAGUCACAGGAUGCAGAGCAGGAAAAGGGGGCCGAGAAGGAGGGUCAAUCUGAAGGAAAGACGCCGAGACCUACUACCCCUGUUAUUACUCAUGUCCUUGGCGAGGGCAAUGAUGACGCCUCUGAGAACGGCGCUGACAUCGGCUCGGAGGUUGGUACGCUGCGCUCGAAACGGUUCUCUGGCAGAGAAAUGUUGAACCGGCUCUCUUGGCGGAACAGCAAUGGUGUGAUGAAUGCUUCACAGUCUCAGGAGAAUCUGGUGGCUCAUGAUGAUGCCAGUUCUUCUGUACGGGGAGUUGUGGAUGAUCUCCAUGAGAUGAGCGUCGGCUGUCCGAGUGUUAUCUCGGAUGCGGAUGUUCAGGAUCGUGUUGAGAAAACGCAGAAUGAAAUUAGCCCCGAGCUAGCCCCAGAGAAGGACUCGGCAGAUGCGGAGAUCAAGUCAAAUGUCGGUUCACAAGCUAUCCAAGAUGCUGGACUCCGUGUCGAUACUGCCACAAGCCAAAAAGACGCCGAGAAAGUGAUCACCGAAGAAACCACUGUCAGCCAGCCUGUUCAGCAGGUGUCUCCCGUCGAGAGCACUGUUGUUGCCGACAGUCCUUUGGAUAGUUCUGGCAUUUCCGAAGUGUCAGAAAAGCCCCAAUCGCCGGAGACCCCCGCAACAGAUGUUCAAGCAGACAUUCCAGAUGCUUCAAGGAAGACCAAGGAAGUCAAGCCCAAAGCUACAUUGGAGCCGUCACCUCUGGAUGAAGCAGAAGUGGAAACAGUGAAGGAGGCCAAUGAAGAUCGACCUCCUACUGCUAAAACCAUCAAAGCCGAAUCUAUUCGUGAGCCGAAGGUUGUAUCUUUGCCCGAGUCCAGGAUUGAGCCAAAGAUCAAAGUGCUCAAGAAACUGAAUGCAUCAACCGUCAAAUGCAUCCCCGAGCAAACAUCACGAGUGAUCCAUUCGUACCGCACGAACGAAUGGGCAAAGCACCUCGCAGACGCCGACACCCCUGAGAUGGAGCCAAUUGUGUUUGAACCUGAACCUGAGGUAGAAGAGUCAGAGGAAGUUCACGAGACUGCAGCAUUUGUUGAUGUAGGCGGUCUUCUCCAGACGCCUCUUACUGCACAACCACCACCAAUCGUGAACAGGCCUGAAUUUGAUGAUAUGGACAAUCAACAAGCUGCCUACAUCUCAUCUGUACCCUCGCCGGAUAUUCCCCGAUCCAAGACACGGACCGGCGCGCAAGGACUCACCAAAGCAAAUCCAACUUUAACCCAGAACGACUCGACAGCUUCAGUCAACAUGCUACGAUCAGCUUCCGGUCCUUUCCCAACUCAGGAAUCGGGUUUGACGGCGAUGCGCAGCACAUCGACUCCCCUGUUGACAAUCACUACUCCCAACGAGCCCAAAGAAACAGAGCCAUCAUCACGCUGGAACGGACCACCUCCCCUCCUCGCAGUCCGCGAGAACAUGGUCCGAAACCGCAUGUCCUCAACAUCCAACCGCUUCGAUCCCUGGGCUGCACGCAACGUAUCCCGCCAGUCCCUACCUGACAUGGCUCCCCUCGUUUCCCCAAUUUCACCACCGCUCUCCAUCCCCGAAGAAAGGGACAUAGAGCGUGAGCAAGCGCAGCCCAGUGAGGACGACAUCCCACUUUCCAAGCGGCGCGCACUACUACAGCGCCAGACAGUUCAGUCCCCAUCUGCAUUAAACCUUGACAACCUCGAGGCUUCCCAGUCCCCUGUGUAUCCUCCGCAAGCUCCCGCCGGCGAACUGAACCGGUCUGCUUCGAGAAUGGCAGCGUGGCGACAAUCAGUCCGUGAGGAAAUCACCCAAAAGCAAGAUCCUUUGGCCCUCCAGUCCCGGCCCCUCAGCCCGGUCAGCCCCAUUGAUCGGCGCACUACAUGGAACUCUGUACAGCAGAUGCGCGAAGCCUCGUCUGUUCAGCUGGGUGAUGCCAUUGCAGACGGCAUGCAGCGUGGCAACAUGACAGAUCUACACCGUCAGGCAAUGCGGCCCCCCAGACCUCAAUCGAGGGAGGAAGAAGCAUACUGUUAUCCACGCGGCCAACAAUUCCUAUCCCGGCCUCCAGCCAAUCGCGCCCCCGUGGAGUCAAUUCCGUCAUUCGUUCGCGCCCAGCGGCGACAGUGCGUUCCGAUCUCAGGCCCGCCGUCGCUUCUCCGCCCACCAGCAGUCCGACUCGCAAACCCAGUCAACCACGUCCCACGAAUAACCCCAAUAACCGUCCGUCCCCACCAAUCAGACGAUAGCCUCCCACUCGGCUUCGGCCACUCACGCGACGCACAUCCCCUCCUCAGCGUCCCAGAGCGACGCCGCAGCCGCCUAACCCCGUCCCCGAGCAGCCUAGUCGUUGAGCGCAGCCAGGGCGAAACAGAAAGUGGCCGCACUAGCAUUGCCCUGCCUAGACGACACCGUCGCAGCGAAGAAUUCUCAGAAAUGGCAGCCGCGUUCGCGGGCAGCGCUGCGCGCGAAACAGAGAAUCUGCGUCCUCCCGAAGCUGUCCAUCUUACACAGGACGGCACUCGACAGAAUGACCGUCCCCGUCACGCCCAGUCACAAACUUCCCUUCGCUCACAGUCCCAGAUUGCUUCCGUACCGUCGCAUACCGGUAACCCGCACGCUGAUGUCGCCGAGGAGCUCGCUUGGGGCCCGGCUCACCCUUGCUUCCCGCAUAUUAAUCCCCAUGUGCCUAUCGGGUCGAGGGAGCAUAUGACAACGCGUGUUAUUCGGAUCCGGCGCGAUUGGAUGAUUAAGGGUGAUUUGGCGCCGACGUUUUCGAAUCUGUAUCCCGAGAUUCUUGAUCCGUUGUUAUCGGAACAGGAGUUUCGCAGGGUUAUCUCCACCGUCAAUGAUGGUAUUGUGAAGGCAUUUGAUCCGUUCAGUUUUCGGAAUUGGUUCGAUGGCGCGGUGGGUUUGUUGACUGGUUGGGUAUGGGAUGAUCUCAAUGCCCCCGCGACGAAAAGCCAGCUGCAGCAUGUCGAGGCUUGGUUGGAGAAUUGGAACCGUGAGGUCGGCGCCAAGGAUGGUGUUCAUAUCUGGAGCUUGAGGCGGACGGCGUAUAUGUCGCUUGAUAUCCAGAUUCCCGAUCCUAAGGUUGGUAUUGUACCCAGUGAGGCUCCUUCGGCUCCUAAUACCAGGCCGAGUACUGGUAUUGGGGCUGGAUCUUGA